GCUCGAUUGAAUAUCGAUCAACUAUCGGCACACUUUGCCAAAACGCAGCAACCCUGGCAUUUUGACAGCUACGACAGCCUUCUUUUUUGAUAUCCGGUUCACGCAAGUGCUGCUGAUCGACAAACAACAACCCCAGAAUGGCACCCAGGAAGGCUAAAGUUCAGAAGGAGGAGGUGCAGGUCCAGCUGGGACCCCAGGUGCGCGACGGCGAGAUCGUGUUCGGAGUGGCCCACAUCUAUGCCAGCUUCAACGACACCUUCGUCCACGUUACGGAUCUGUCCGGACGCGAGACCAUCGCCCGUGUGACCGGCGGCAUGAAGGUGAAGGCCGAUCGUGACGAGGCUUCGCCCUACGCCGCUAUGUUGGCUGCCCAGGAUGUGGCCGAGAAGUGCAAGACCCUGGGCAUCACCGCCCUGCACAUCAAGCUGCGCGCCACCGGCGGCAACAAGACCAAGACCCCCGGACCCGGCGCCCAGUCCGCCCUGCGCGCCCUGGCCCGUUCGUCGAUGAAGAUUGGCCGCAUCGAGGAUGUGACCCCCAUCCCAUCCGACUCCACCCGCAGGAAGGGCGGUCGCCGUGGUCGUCGUCUGUAAGCGGCGCAAUCUGGAGGGCAGGAAUUCCUGUUUUCGGUCGAAAUACUGCAUUUGUGUAUGCGAUAAGAAGGUUAUUCUGCUUGUGUGCAUAGGUGCACUGUAAUAAACCAGGAAAUACGAUGUAAAUGAUUACAAGA